UCCAGAGGAUUCAUAAAACAUAGAAUGAUUCAGUACUUCCGAGAAAAUAAGAUAAAACUUAAACCUAGUGAAAGUUUUACAAUGAUGAUGUUACAUGUUCAGAAAGACAGGGACACUUUUAUUCAUCGAUAAAGCUAGUGUCAGUUCGAUAUCAAUGGGCAGUCCAGUGAAUUUCGAAUGAAAAAUGUGACAUGAAUUUCAUGCUGUGACUUUACAAACACAGAAGAAAAUGCUGCCAUUAUCUUAUUGUGUCCAGAGAGAAGGACUAUACAAUGUCGUCACAACUCUAUUUUGCUACCGAUUUUUGAUACCCCAUUUUAGUAACGAUUCCAAAAUCUUCUGGAGUGCAAAUUUUCAAAACGGGAACUAUAGAUUCGUAUCAACUCCCGAAAAUGACAUGUUUUCACCGGGGUAUUCCUUUGUUCCCGAUAUAAACAACGACACGAACAUUGAAACCGUUUGUCUUGGUCUUACCCAUGGUGACUGCCAACGUUGGAUAUCUUGUUCGAGGACGGCUAGGGACUGCUGUGAGAGACACCGUGCUACCAAUGAGUCGCUGCUAACUUCAGAACCACAAUGUGAAGCGACUUGGGACGGGGUAUCCUGCUUUGAUUCUGCACCCAAUGGAACAGUCGUGGAGACGGAAUGUCCUUCAUUCUACAUCCCCACUGAAGGAUCAGUGAAGGCCUCGAAAACCUGCUUAGCCAGCGGCAAAUGGCAUACACCCGAUACCGGUCUUCUUGUUGAUGGGAUAAUACAUACUUACUUUGUCUGCAAGCAGAAACAAUCAAGGAAGGUUGUUGGGGUAGAAUUAAUUGAGACUCAACGAUUAGUAACUCUGAUUACAAACUCUAUUAGCCUACCUGUUCUAGUUUUAUCCUUGAUUGUCCUGUCCUGUUUCAGAUCCCAGGGCAAUACUGCGCCGGAUGAAAAAUCACGGAGGAUGUUCCAGAUCCAUAAACAUUUCUUAUCCUCCCUGAUUCUAGUGGGCGUCCUAAGUUUGAUUUGGGACGAACUGUUUGUCAGAAACCAUAUUGAGAAAAUCCAUGAAAAAACAAGUUGGAUAGCAUUAAACAUGGCAUCCUGCAAGUUAAUAAACUGUCUACAGAAAUAUUUUAGAUCAACCACAUAUUUCUGGAUGUUUGUUGAGGGUUUAAAUGUCCUUAUUCCAUUUUAUCAGACGUAUAAUAGAGAAAUGGGAAUGCCACUACUGUGCUUUUUAGGAUGGGGUUUUCCACUGAUAACAGUUGCUGUUUAUGCAAUUUUACGAUCGACAAUUGAGCGCUACAACUUUAAAUGCUGGAUUUACACUUUUCUUGAAAUUGAGUGGAUAAUAUGGGGUCCUAAUUACUUGACAAUCUUAUGCAAUUUAAUUUUCCUGGUAGUUAUAGUAAGGGCAAUAGUGAAAAAGAACAAAGAGAAAAAACAGUAUAAAACUCCAUCAAUAAUACCAAAACCACUCCGGUCACUGAUGUUUCUCAUUCCAUUAUUUGGGAUAAACUUCAUCUUUGUUUGGAUAACAUAUGCUACAAAUAGCGAUUGGCCAUUCAUCUUUGGAAGAUUUGUGGAAGGAAUUGAGGGUGUCUUUGUUUGUAUACUGUGGGUCGCUUGUAGCAAACAGGUGCAAAAGAACAUCACCAGAACCACUCAACGGAAAUUUCCAAGCUUAUUUGUUCGGUUCAAAGGGCGGAAAUUCAGCACGUCGUCUUGUACCCAUUUGACACAAGCUGUUCAUCCAAUAAAUACAAUGCCAAACAUUUACAAUGACAAUAAAUCGCCCGACAUAUCCGUGGCUCCCAACAGUCUGGAGGUACAGAGAAUCUCAUUGGAGGACAGCCGUAGCCCGGAUGUGCAAACAUUUUCAGAGCAGGAUUGUAGUCCAGAGGAACAAGGACUUUCUCCAGAGGACAGACAAAAUGUGUAGAAACAAAGAUUCUCAUUGGUGUAAAUAAGACACGAGGGUCCAAUGGAACCUUAUCUGUUUAUAUAUUUGUUGAUGUUUACAUUAUCUAUUAUUUCAUGUUAUUUAGAAAUAUCUUCUCAUCCCAUGAGGUAGCCUAAAAUGAAGAUGCAGUUUCUGACGUUAUAAAUUACAUUUUUGUCUCAAAUUCAUUGUACAUAAUAUAAUUUUGUAUACUAGUAUGGGUUUCUCCCUUAUUUUUUUUUAAAGUGAUGUCAUAUUUUUAUUCCUUUAUUCAUAAUCCAUCACCUUUUUGUAUUGAGAUUUUUGAAAGUUAUAUAGGUUUGUUUCAAUAUAUUUAUUUAUCAGAUCAUUUCUAGGGGUACAUCAUGUUUAAGUGAAAAGAGGAUUUUACUUAAAUUAUAUCAUUGCUAUCAUUGAAGGAAUGUAAUAUACCUGUAUUUUAAUUUUCUACCUCUAAUUCUUCUACCUCUUAGUGAUUUAAGUCUCAUUUAAGGAAGCUGACUUGAGUUUUAUUAUUUGCAAAACACAAUAGCAAAAACUGUUUAAUUUUAUAUGAUAUGAAACUUACACUUCAGUAUACAUGCAAAGUUAAGGGAAUUAUAAUUAUAGUCGGAGAGUUUUAAGAAAUUGUCUUGAGAUACAGAUUCACUUAUUGUUAGAUGAUACGGGAAAGCGAUAGUUGUUGGCACUUCAAAGCAUAUUUGUGCAUAUUGUAGUUGUCAUUUUGAUUGUAUCAUAAUAUAUGAUGAGUAUUACUACCGGUAUUUUGUUCGUUAUUGCACAUGACGUGCAAAAUACAAAUGAAAAUUCUUCGACAUGUAAGUCCCUAUUUUUAUAGAAUAUUACAAAGGAGAAGAAAAUUCUAAUGAUUUAUGCAAAAAAUAGAAAAGAACUUAGAGAUUUUCAAAUUCCCUUGUUUUCAAUUUGACGAACCCUCUCGUCAAUGCUCACGAAAGAGCUUGAUUUUAAACAUAACCCUUCGAAUGCAAACUCCAGUCGGCUCCCUCAAGUAAAUUAGAUAAAACAGAUAAAGAUUCAAAUGUUUAAGAGAAUUGGAUUGAACGGGCAUACUUUGAUCUCAUUUUAACACUUGUUUACAAUUGAGUCUGUGUAUAUUUUAGAAAAUAAAAAAAAACUU